AUAAAGCAAUAAAUAUAAAUAUUUAAUUUAAUUUCAUCUUGAUCAAAGAUAAAAGACACGCGUUUCGAUGCAAAGAUAGUUUAUGUUUUGUAUUCUUAUCAAAACAUUUGUUAGAGACGUGAAGAGAUGGUGUGGCUAUUUCCUUGUUGAAUGCAUUUCAGGGUCCAGAAUUAUUAAUUCAAUUAUCCGAUCAAAGGCACCUUUAGUUGGUUCAUACGUCCAUGGAGACUCUUGCUGUUCCUCUGUGAUUUCCUCCAUAUCAAGACCUUUCCCAAAAUUUAUGAAUUGGUUAAAAACGGACGGUUGCCAUACAUCAGCUGUAGCAUCAUUGCCUUCAUUCAAGGAGAAACAAUCAGAGAUUCCUGAUAAAGGUCUUGAUGUAGGGAAUAUGGCUGAAACUGAUGGCUACCUUAAUUUAUUCUGUUUGAUGAAACAGAGGUUUUUAAAUUUCAAGAACCAUAAGUACAUAAAAGAGUUGGAGCAUUUUCAAUCUCUUGCUGAAGCUCAAUAUCCAAAGUUUAUGGUCAUUGCUUGUGCAGACUCAAGGGUAUGUCCCUCUAACAUAUUAGGAUUCCAACCUGGUGAAGUCUUUAUGAUACGUAACAUUGCCAAUCUUGUACCUAUGAUGAAGAAUGGACCAUCAGAGUGUAAUGCUGCUCUUGAAUUUGCAGUAACUACUCUUGAGGUUGAGAAUAUAUUAGUCAUUGGUCAUAGUAGUUGUGCUGGAAUUGAAACUCUGAUGAGUAUGCAAGAAGAUACAGAACCAAGAAACUUUAUACACAAUUGGGUUGCCAAUGGGAAAGUUGCCAAAUUGAGGACCAAAUCUGCAACAUCUCAUCUUAGCUUUGAUCAACAGUGUAGAUUCUGUGAGAAGGAAUCCAUCAACCAAUCAUUAUUAAACUUGCUAAGUUAUCCAUGGAUUGAAGAUAGAGUGAGGAAAGAGUUGCUUUCUAUUCAUGGAGGAUAUUAUAAUUUCUCCAAUUGCUCGUUUGAGAAAUGGACCCUUGAUUUUAAAGAUUGCAAUGUAAAAGAAGAAAGAAGUUAUGUUGUCAAAGAAAAAGAACUCUGGUGCUGAGGGUAUCUCAGCUUUGUCAAAUGAUUAUAUAUUAUGUAAAAAAGCUAAUGUAAUAAUGUAAAAAUAUAAAGCAAAAACGUUCUGUUUUUCAUGAUUGAUGAUAUGAGUGUUACAUGAUGGUACCCAUAUUGUUCACAUUAUUCAUCAUAAAGCCUCCUCUUCUGGUAUUUGGAGGGCUAUUGUUAAUUCAUUAGAGGAUGUGAAGAAUAAUGUUACCAGGGUGAUUAGAAAUGGCCAAGAUACAGAACUUUGGAAGGAGUAUUGUCAAAAUGUCUUAUGGUUUUAUGGCUGAGUUGGUUAAUCAUGUUCCGAGAUUAAUUUUCCUGUGGAAUAUUAUAGUUUUAAUGUUAAUUGGAUAAGAGUGUAUUAAAAUAUUUGUUUCUAAUGAUAUUUGUAACUAGAUUGUUGCUA